GCUUGUUAGGUCUGCGCCUGCGCACGGGAAGGGACGGUGGUGGCUGCCCCGGGCGCCGGGAAUUCUGGGGGCUGCGCAGGUCUCCUCUGUUUGCUACUGGGAGGGAAAUCGAAGGUACCUUUCUGUCAUCUGGACUGCCCCUUCCUCCAAGGAUCAACCCAGUGAAAGCCCCUUCCUUGGCAACCUAAGUCUCUUCCUUCACUCCAGACUGCACUGACCACCAUCCUCCUUGGAUCAGACAGAGAUUCUUUCCCCAUGGUCUUGGAUGUUUGACUUCGUGGGAUGAGGUUCUGGCUAUUUGCAGCCAGCAGAAAGCCAGGCCAGGUGAUUCAGGACAAAGUGUGUAUGUGGGCCAUCUGGUGCUGCCAGAACAAGAAACGGGCCAACUCAGCUGAAGCAGAGGAAAUAUCAUCUGGAGAACAUUCUGGAUAGAAAGGCUGGUGACCAUGGCAUACCAGGUCCUCCUCCCAUCAAAGGUAUUCCUACUGGGCAUAGUGCUUUGGCUGCUGGCAUCUGCGUACAUCUCUUCAUGCCAUAAUAAUCAGGUCCAGAAACAUUUCUCACUGUCCAGUCCAGAGAAGAGCAAUAUCCAGGAAGAAAAGAAAGAGGCAGUGUCAGAGGAAGAACUUGACAGUGAAGACCUGAAUGUGUUUUAUCCCACAAACCAAUGGCAGACCCUUCAGCCAGGUCAAGCUGUCCCUGCUGGUUCCCAUGUGCGUCUGAAUCUACAGACUGGAGAGAGAGAAGUAAAGCUCCCAGAUGGGGAAAAAUACCAGAAUAACUUGAAAGAGCAAAAAAAAGGCCAAAGGUUGGACCUCAACACACAUGGUUUCACAACUCAGGAACUCAAGAUUGCUCUUGAAAAAUUCAAGGAGGGAGCAGGUGGUGCAAAGGAAGAUAAGGCCCGACAGGAAGAGGUCAGGCGACGUUUCCGCCCUAUUGAGGAUCUGAAGAAGGACUUUGAAGCCUUGAAUGUAGUCAUUGAGAGUGACCUCCAGAUUAUGGUUCGACUGAUCAGCCAGUUCAAUAGCUCCAGCACCACCCUGGAAGAGAAGAUAAUGGCUCUCUACGAUUUGGAAUAUUAUGUCCAUCAGAUGGAUAAUGCCCAGGACCUGCUCUCCUUUGGAGGUCUUCAGGUGGUGAUCAGUGGGCUCAACAGUACUGAGAACUUGGUGAAGGAGUAUUCUGCUUUUGUGUUGGGUGCUGCUUUCUCCAGUAACCCGAAGGUCCAGGUCGAGGCCGUAGAAGGUGGUGCCCUCCAGAAGCUGCUGGUCAUCUUGGCAACUGACCAUCCUGUGACUGUGAAGAAAAAGGUGCUGUUUGCUCUGUCCUCGCUCCUUCGGCACUUUCCCUAUGCCCAGCAGCAGUUCCUGAAGCUGGGAGGCUUGCAGGUCCUGAGGAGCUUGGUCCAUGAGAAAGGCAUGGAGAUGCUGGCUGUGCGUGUGGUCACCCUGCUCUAUGACCUGGUCACAGAGAAGAUGUUGGUAGAGACCGCUGAGCGUGGCCAGGAUCCCCCAGAGGAGAAGGUGCAGCAGUACCGCCAGGUGGAGCUCAUGCCAGGACUGCAGGAGCAGGGCUGGUGUGGCAUUGUUUCGGGUCUGCUGGGGCUGCCAGAGCAUGACAUGCGGGAGAAAGUGCUGCGGACCCUGAGUGCCCUCCUCACCCCUUGUCGGGACCGCUACCGCCAAGAUAUCCUACUCAGCAGCACCCUCCAAGGUUUACGGGACGAGUACCAGGAGCUGGCUGCUCUGGAACAGCAGGAUGGGGAAGAGAAUGGCUACUUCCAGGAGAUGCUGGGCACCAUCAAUGGCUUCAUCCAGGAGCUUCGAUGACGUCACCCCUCGGGCUACUGGUGGACAGAGAGGGAGGCACGGCAUUCAAAGGAACUCUUGUGGAUUGAGGGAAGACUUCCCACACUGACAUUGACGUGCCCUGCUGACCCUGUAUUGGUCAUUAAAUGGAGGUGUUGAGAGUU